AUGGCUUUGCAGCCUUAUCAGGACGAGGAGUUAAAUUUCUUCAAGUUCGCGUCUCUUGUGCUGAACGAAUUUCCAAAAGCAUUACGGCAGAAAUUUAAAACCAUGUGGGACGACACCUAUGGACAUCGCCCUGGUUUCAAACUCUGGGAUGAUUCCUCUGCUGUGAGAAAUUUGUUCGCUUCUUUGGAGGGAGACAAAAACAAAGUUCCUAUUCACACUUCUUACAAUGAAUGGGACUGCACUGCUCUCUUUCAAGCAACCAUUUACGCGCAGUCGUUCCCUCGCGGCCACUCUUUCACUCUUAGUGAUUUGUACCUGAAGCCUUUGGCACUACCUUAUGAUUCUUUCCAUGCUUCAGUCAUGAGCCCAAGUGGUAACGAAGAAGAAACUCUCGCACUUGCGAUUGACCAGCUGCGACUUUUAAGAAAUUCGCUUUGUCACUCAGUUAGAUCUUUGAUGGACAAGGAAACGUUUGAUGAGAGAAUGAAACAAGCUAAAGAUGCGUUCACAGCCCUCGGAGUCGCCACAGACCUCCUUGAUGCCGUUGCCAGUUUGGAUGAGUCACAUUUUCCGACCAAUGAAGUUCAUACAUUAAAUAAAAAAAUUAGAAAGGAGACUCAGACUUGCGUCCAGAUACUUGAGGAUGUAGUUGCAAAUGUUGAAGAUUGGAAGCGCGAAACCGCUACCAAACAAGAUAUCGCCAUAUUGUCACUGAAGAUUGACGAGCUGAAGGCAGCCCAGGAAAUACGUGAGGCUAAUUUAACAGGUGCACAAAGUAUGCCUACAAAGUUCUGACUAAAGCAACAUUUUGGAAAGAUUAAGGGGGUCCACAUUCCGGAAUGAGCGAAAUUUUUGCUUGUGAAUUCCGGAAUCCAAGGCUUUGGAAUCCGGAGUACAGUUCAAAAUAUCCGGAAUCCGAAUAAUACCGAUUGGAAUCCAGAAUCAAAGUUUCACUGACAGAGAAUCCGGAAUUUAGUACAUGGAAUCGGGCAAGACUGUCUUGGAUUAUCUUGACUGGGGAGAGAUUAAUUAGUUCUAAAACUAGUUUUUUAAAGUGUUACCUCCGCUCCCCUACCUUCCCAGUAAUUGGAUCCCUUACGUAACCAAAUACAAAAGUGCAUUGUGGUCACUGGGGUAAAUUUUAAUAAGCAUAUCAUAUCGGGUAAAAACGAAACAUCAUUGUUCCGUGUGAAUUUGUUUUUCCUUCAAGCUAAUUCUCUUGUUUGCAGUUUUUCAAUCACAGUGUCAUAGAAAUGGCUGUCAAUUGUGCCAAGUUUAAAAAAAAUCUGGAGUACAUCCUUUUUAAGGGAAUUACCUUUAAGUUUCUCGAAAUAAUGGUUGUUUUCUGGCUCUCCUGUAACCCAGAAAAUUUCGUUUUGUUUUUGUCAUUCAGGCAAGGAAACAUCAACCAAACAAUCACAGUCUUGCUCAGUAAUCACAAACACUGUAGGAGAGAACCAUCCGAGGAUAGCUGACAGCUACCAUACAUUGGGAGUCACUGAACGGGUCCGAUGCAAUUUUCCAACUGCUCUUAAGUAUGCACAGCAAGCUCUAAGCAUAAGACUCCAGCUGUAUGAGGAAGACCAUCCGAGCAUAGCUGAGUGCUACCAUGCACUUGGUGACACGCAGCGCGCUAUGGGCGACUAUGCCGCAGCACUCGAGUCUGCAAAGCGUGCCCUAAGCAUCCGGCGUCGGGUGUUUGGAGAAGAACACUUAAGCACAGCUGAAAUGUACCACUCCCUUGGGGAUACACAGCGCGCCUUAGGCGACUAUCCUUCUGCGGUUGAGUCUGGAAAGCGUGCGCUUGCCAUUAGACUCAAGCUGCUUGGAGAAGAGCACUCAAGCACAGCCGACAUCUAUCACUCCAUAGGAGACACCCAGCGCGCUUUAGGCGACUAUCCUUCCGCGCUCGUGUCUGGUAAACGCGCACUUGCUAUUAGACUCAAGCUGCUUGGAGAAGAGCACUUAAGCACAGCCGAUAUCUACCACUCUACUGGGGACACACAGCGCGCUUUAGGCGACUAUCCUUCCGCGCUCGCGUCUGGUAAACGCGCACUUGCUAUUAGACUCAAGCUGCUUGGAGAAGAACACUUAAGCACAGCCGAUAUCUACCACUCUAUUGGGGACACACAGCGCGCUUUAGGCGACUAUCCUUCAGCACUCGAGUCUACAAAGCAUGCACUUGAUAUCAGACUAAAGCUUCUUGGAGAAGAGCAUCCAAGCACGGCAGACAUUUUUCAUUCUCUUGGAGACACACAACGCGCUCUAGGUGACCUGUCUUCAGCCCAUCAAUCUCAGGAACGCGCACUAAAGAUAAGACAGAAGUUGUUUGGAAAAGAGCAUGUAAACAUCGUUGACUGUUGA